UACUCAUCAAAAUUGAUUCGCUGACGGUGAAUCAUCCACGUGCUUGACGGUUUACAAAAACGGCGGUGCUCCGGCGGUGUUCCAAUCCCCGAAAUGCCCUCGCUGGAGACUCUUCGAUUACGAUUCUUCUCCUCGAACUGCAACGCGUUGUCAAUCUUCGAUGCUCCAGGGUCGAAGAAAAUCACAAGAGGAUCGCACUCUCUGUGUACUCGAUGUUCGCAUUCCAUUCCCCGGUACGAUGGGGAUCAGGGAGGUUGUAGUUGGAAUUGUGGCGGUUUUCGAUGGACAUAACGGUGCUGAAGCUAGUGAGAUGGCGUCAAAACUUUUGAUGGAGUAUUUUGUUCUGCAUACUUAUUUUCUUCUUGAUGCAAUGUAUUCUGUUGUAUCAAAGACUUCCACAGGAAAAUUGCUUCACAGGCGAGACCAUGAUCACGGAAACUUAUUGCAUAGGUGGAAAGAGAUUUUAGGUUGGCAAUGGCAUGAACUGCAUUCUGAAAGGUUGCAGAAUGUAUUUUCUGCUAAUUUUGAUGAUUCUUUUCACUUGGAAAUUUUGAAGGAAGCAUUGUUGAGAGCAAUCCAUGAUAUUGAUGUAAGGUUUUCUGAGGAAGCCUCUAGAAAUAACAUUCAUUCAGGAUCUACAGCAACAGUUGUAUUGGUUGCAGAUGAUAAGUUUUUGGUUGCCAAUAUUGGGGAUUCUAAGGCUUUCUUGUGCUCUGAAAAUUUUCAGUCUCCUAAGGAAGCUAAAGCCUCCUUAUUAGAGCUAUAUAGGCAGACAGAGCGUGAUGGUUCUGUUUCUGUGUGGGAUCGUGAAAAGUAUAGAUUAGCUUCUUCCCAUGGGCUCAAUCAUUUUGCAGUGAAGGAAUUGACUAGGGAUCACCAUCCAGACAGAGAGGAUGAAAGAACUCGGGUGGAAGCUGCUGGUGGUCAAGUUCUAAAUUGGGGUGGUUUGCCUCGCGUAAAUGGUCAGCUGGCCAUUACACGAGCUAUUGGUGAUGUGUUAUUUAAAAGAUUUGGUUCUGCCAGAGCCGUAAACCGGCGCUACAUCAGUGAUUGUGUGCCUUUGAAAAUCCGCAUACAAGCAUCGGCAGGUUUUGUUAGUGCCAGCGCUCUUGGAAUGGCCUGUGGUCCUGCAUUAGCUGGCUUACUGCAGACGAAUUUUAAGAUUUACAAUGUUACAUUUAAUCAAGAUACUUUGCCAGGGUGGGUUAUGACUAUUGCUUGGCUUAUUUAUUCAAUAUGGCUGUGGAUCUCUUUUGUGGAACCUUCUCGUGAAUUUGAAGAGGACCGUAAAACAGAUAAAUCUCAGAAAUCUAAUGCUGGUACCUCUACUGAUGACUUUUACUUUUUCUAUUGUGAUCUAGCAAGAUAG